AUGCCAGCCUUGUCAACAGGACCUGGGAGUGACACAGGUCUGUAUGAGCUGUUGGCUGCGCUGCCAGCCCAGCUGCAGCCACAUGUGGAUAGCCAGGAAGACCUAACCUUCCUCUGGGAUAUGUUUGGUGAAAAAAGCCUGCAUUCACUGGUAAAGAUUUAUGAAAAACUGCACUACUAUGAGAGGCAGAACCCGGUGCCCAUCCUCCAGAGCGCAGCAGCCUUGGCGGAUGAUCUGGCUGAAGAGCUGCAGAACAAGCCAUUAAAUAGUGAGAUCAGAGAGCUGUUGAAACUACUGUCAAAACCCAAUGUGAAGGCUUUGCUCUCUGUGCAUGACACUGUAGCUCAGAAGAAAUAUGAUCCAGUGUUGCCUCCUAUGCCUGAUGAUAUUGAUGAUGAGGAAGACUCGGUAAAAAUAAUUCGUCUGGUCAAAAAUAGAGAACCCCUGGGAGCCACCAUUAAGAAAGAUGAGCAGACUGGGGCCAUCAUUGUGGCUAGAAUCAUGAGAGGAGGUGCUGCUGACAGAAGUGGUCUUAUUCAUGUUGGUGAUGAACUUAGGGAAGUGAAUGGGAUACCAGUUGAGGAUAAAAAACCUGAAGAAAUCAUUCGGAUUUUGGCUCAGUCUCAGGGAGCAAUUACAUUUAAGAUCAUACCCAGCAUCAAAGAGGAGACACCAUGUAAAGAAGGCAAGAUGUUUAUCAAAGCCCUCUUUGACUAUGACCCUAAUGAGGAUAAAGCCAUUCCAUGUAAGGAAGCUGGGCUUUCUUUCAAAAAGGGAGAUAUUCUUCAGAUUAUGAGCCAAGAUGAUGCAAUGUGGUGGCAAGCGAAGCAUGAAGGUGAUGCCAAUCCCAGGGCAGGCUUGAUUCCUUCGAAGCACUUCCAGGAAAGGAGAUUGGCUCUGAGACGACCAGAAAUAAUAGUUCAGCCCCUCAAAGUUUCCAACAGGAAAUCAUCUGGCUUUAGAAGAAGUUUCCGUCUAAGUAGAAAAGAUAAGAAAACAAAUAAAUCCAUGUAUGAAUGUAAGAAGAGUGAUCAAUAUGAUACAGCUGACGUACCCACAUAUGAGGAAGUAACCCCAUAUCGGCGACAAAUGAAUGAAAAAUACAGGCUUGUUGUCUUGGUUGGUCCUGUAGGUGUAGGUUUGAAUGAACUGAAACGAAAGCUGCUGAUGAGUGAUACACAGCACUAUGGUGUGACAGUGCCCCAUACUACCAGAGCAAGAAGAAGCCAGGAGAGUGAUGGUGUUGAGUAUAUUUUCAUCUCCAAGCAUUUGUUUGAGACAGAUGUGCAAAAUAACAAGUUUAUUGAAUAUGGUGAAUAUAAAAACAACUACUAUGGCACAAGUAUAGACUCAGUUCGGUCUGUCCUAGCUAAAAAUAAAGUUUGCUUGUUGGAUGUUCAACCUCAUACAGUGAAGCAUUUAAGGACACUAGAAUUUAAGCCCUAUGUGAUAUUUAUAAAGCCUCCAUCGAUAGAGCGUUUGAGGGAGACAAGAAAAAAUGCAAAGAUUAUUUCAAGUAGAGAUGACCAGGGUACUGCAAAGCCUUUUACAGAAGAAGACUUUCAAGAAAUGAUUAAAUCAGCGCAGAUAAUGGAAAGUCAGUAUGGUCAUCUCUUUGACAAAAUUAUAGUUAAUGAUGAUCUCACCAUGGCAUUCAAAGAACUAAAAACAACCUUUGAUAAAUUGGAGACAGAGACUCAUUGGGUCCCAGUGAGCUGGUUACAUUCAUAA